GAAAAGUCAGAGAGAGAGAGAGAGAGAGGAGAAAAUAAAAGUCGCAGGUCGUUCUUAGUGCUUCCCCUCAACGCUCUCAGAAUCUCAUUUCAACUCCAAUAAUCAUGAAACCUUCAGUUCCUUCAGAAGAAGGUGGGGAUGGAGGCAAAGCCGUUAAUCUCAGACAUCUCCUACUCGGUUCUCUGGCUGGUAUCGCCGCCGCGUCUGUAGCCGCCAUCGCCGGAAAAGCUCUCCGGAGAUCGGGAGAGUGUUCCAUGAAGGACAACAGGAUCGUUCCUCUGGUCGAGAGGAGAGAGUCAGGUCACCGUCUGAACAUCGAGAGGUUCUCCCACUACGUUGGGAGGCAAUUAGGGUUUGAGGAUGCGAAUGAAUGCCCGCAGCUCUGCAAACUGGCGAAUGCGUAUCUGAAGAAAUCGAAAGGAUACGAAGAGGACAUAUUCGAGUAUUUGGGGAACGAAGCGGAGGCCGAUUCCCUCUACAUUCUUCUCAUCGAAGAAUUCGAGAGAUGCAUCCUCUCUUAUUUUGCUUUCAAUUGGACCCAAGCUUCCAACAUCAUCACUCAGGUUUUGGGUGAUGAGCUGGAUCAGAAAAACCCUAAGUUCAAGGACUUUGUAAUGGCAGCGACAAGGAAACUGAGGUUCGAGAAGGUGACGAAGGAUCUGAAAGUGACGAGGGUAUUCUCGACAUUGGUGGCGGAGAUGAAAGCCAUAGGAGAGACCACCAACUGUACGGAAGUGAUGGCGCCUGUCUCGCACAGCAAACGCAGCCCCGUCCUCCUCCUCAUGGGCGGCGGCAUGGGCGCCGGCAAGAGCACCGUCCUCCAAGACAUCCUCAAAGAGUCUGUCUUUUUUCCGACACCAAAUCCAGUCUCAAUCAAUCUUCACUUUCACACAUUCAUCGGUUCAUCCGUUCGCAUGGGCAGGUCAUUCUGGUCGGAGGCUGGGGCCAACGCCGUGACGGUGGAGGCGGACGCCUUCAAGGAGACCGACGUCAUUUACAGAGCUCUCAGCUCAAGAGGCCACCACGACGAUAUGCUUCAGACCGCCGAACUGGUCCAUAAAUCGUCGACGGACGCAGCAUCGUCGUUACUGGUGACGGCACUGAACGAGGGACGGGACGUGAUAAUGGACGGUACACUGUCGUGGGAGCCAUUCGUGGAGCAGACCAUCGAGAUGGCGAGGAACGUACACAAGCAUCGCUACCGGAUGGGUGUCGGCUACAAAGUCACCGACGACGGUUCCGCCACCGAACAUUACUGGGAACAGAUCCCUCCCCACGAAGAGGAAACCGUCCGCCAUGGCCGGAAACCUUACAGGAUCGAACUUGUCGGCGUUGUCUGCGACGCUUAUCUCGCCGUCGCCCGAGGCAUCAGGAGAGCGAUAAUGGUGAAGAGGGCAGUGAGGGUGAACUCACAGUUGCGAUCCCACAAGAGAUUCGCCAAUGCAUUCCCAAAGUACUGCCAACUAGUGGAUAACGCUCGGCUCUACUGCUCCAACCCCGUUGGUGGUCCUCCACGUCUUAUAGCGUGGAAGGACAGCGAGAGUAAGCUUCUGGUGGACCCAGAGGAUUACGAUUGCCUGAAACGGGUCAGCAACCUAAACCCGGAUGCUGAUUCUAUUUACGAUCUUUACCCGAAUUCGAGCCCAAUAAUCAAGCCCGGUUCUGUUUGGAACGACGUCGUUUUAGUUCCCUCUAGGCCCAAGGCCCAGAAAGAGCUGGGCACUGCCAUCAAGAGAAUCGAAAAGGCCCUUCUCAAAGAUGGAAACUAUGUCAAUUAGAGGCCUUUAGACGCUUUCUUUCUUUUCUUUUUUUUUUUUUUUGGUUUCAUGGACCCUUAUUUUAUUUCGGACAUCUAAUAAAUAAUUUCCGCGCCGAUAUAAAUAAAGUGAUCUUUUUUA